UGCAAAGGGUGAAACAGUCAAAAUUGAUAGGAGACGACCCAAGCUAGGGCGGCUUUUUCUGAAAUUUUAUUGGUUUAAUUUUGCCCCUAAAUAGCAUUUGCCGCACGCUACGCCACUGGUUAAGAAUCUUCAAUUUUGAAAGUGUCCUUUCAACAGAUGUACCUAACUGAAACUGGCAGUGUAAGUACUAUUCUUAGCGCUAUUGCUGUGUUCGGAAAUAUUGAAAUCAAAUCAUUAGUAAAAAGAUAUUGUAUUUUUUAAAUAUUACGUGAUAACUCGCUAGAUUUGCCGCCCCCUAGGACGUGCCGCCCGCGUGCUGUGCACGCGCUGCUCGCCCGCUUACGGCGGGCCUGACUGUAUCUUAUCGAGCAUAUUCGGUGCAUAUCUCCAGCUAAUAAUAGAAGUUUUAUUUAAGCCAGUGGAAGGUAUCUGGCAUGAUAAUUAAGCUUAAGGUACGCACGUGCACACGAGCAUCAUUUCAUAACAUGAAAUCACAAAUUAAAACAAUGACGAAAACGAUUUCAACUUCAAAGUUGAAAAAUUACAAUCCAAAAAAAAAUGAUGAAGUUCCUUGGUCACAGCCUCAAAGUUUGAAGAACUAUAUAAAGUAUUUAUACGGCAUGGUGAUUGAAGUGCAAUGACCAAUGGCAGCCUUGCAGAGUGCGAGGUGCAAGCGGCGGAGUGCGGGGCAGGGAGAGGUUGAGCCGCUAUUGACAACGAUAACAGUCUGCACCUUGCACUUGCACAAAAUUUCGGACCUUCAUUGUUAAAUCAACCUAGAUGAUAAAUUAGUGAUGAAUCUCAUAUUGAUAGUUCUAUCAGUGGUGGCUUUAACUAAUUGCGAUGAGGGUCAGUUGCGGAAAGUACAUAUUGCACAAGGAGAUUUGCUCGGACGCAAGGACCCGGCCUUUGGACUGUACGCCUUUUAUAAUAUUCCGUACGCCAGCGUGCCAUCCGGACCGGACCGGUUUAAGGCUCCGCUCCCGGGACCAGUAUGGGUGCAACCAUUGGAAGCAGUCGAUAAAGGUGUCAUUUGUAUGCAGGCUCCGACAAAAUUCAUAGACAUAAAGUCUAAAACAGUGCAAGAGGAUUGUCUCGUUGCGAAUAUAUUCGUCCCGGACACUGAUGAGAAACGUUUACCCGUAAUAGUAAACAUACAUGGAGGAGGAUUUGAAAUUGGUUAUGGGGCCAUGGUGUCACCUAAGUACUUAGUACAAACUAAAAAAGUAAUUGUAGUCAACUUUAAUUACCGACUUGGAGUACAUGGGUUCCUGUGUCUGGGCACGAACGAUGUUCCUGGCAACGCUGGAUUGAAGGACCAAGUGGCACUACUCCGCUGGGUGAAGAAGAAUAUCGCUAGCUUUGGAGGCAAUCCUGAUGACGUCACACUGACUGGCGGCAGCGCAGGGUCUAUAUCAACUCAUUUGUUGAUGUUGUCAAAGACAGCAGAAGGACUUUUCAAUAAAGUAAUCCCAGAAAGUGGAGCAGCCGUGUCCUCUCUUUCGGUUCAGUUGGAUCCACUUGAAGAUGCUAAGAUUUACGCUCAAAUGUUAAACUUUACUAAUAUUGAAGAUUUUAAUGCAUUGGAAGACUUUUAUAAAAAUACUCCAUUAGAGUCAUUGCUCGUUAGUACACUCACCUUAAGAACAGAUUCUGUUUUGUUACACGCGCCGUGUAUUGAAAGCAAAACUAGUGAACAAAGUGUUCUAGAUGAUUCACCGUACAAUGUAAUCAAAAGUGGUAAUUACAGAAAAGUUCCUUUAUUAAUUGGGACUAGCAAUAUGGAAGGAUUAGUACAAAUACACAAUUUGGAAACCUGGAAAGUUGCUAUGAAUGAAAAGUUUUCAGAUUUUCUGCCCGCUGAUUUGCAAUUUGUCGAUAAAGAGGAAAAGGAAGAAAUAGCUAAGAAAGUUAAAGAAUUCUAUUUUGGUGACCAGCAGGUCGGUGAAGACACAAUAUUAACUUAUGUUGAAUACCUCGGCGACAUUAUGUUCAAUUUUCCUACUUUGAGAUCAGUCAAGCUACACGUAGAAUCUGGCCAUGAUCAAAUAUAUUUAUAUCAGUACUCUUUUGUGGAUGAGAGUACUCCGUUUGUACCUUUCACGAAGGUACGUGGUGCUGGGCAUUGUGCUCAAACGGCUGCCGUACUCGACGGAGUUCCUUUCGUAACCAAUGACGAAAGCAAUUUGACGGUGGAAUACAAACAAAUGAAAUCCACUAUCAGGGACAUGUGGUACAACUUCGCUGUACAUGGAACGCCUGUAUUGCAUGGAUCAUCCUUGCCCGCUUGGCCGGCAGCAGGUGCAGAUGGCAGUCCGCAUAUGUCUCUAAAACAACCAGUCCAGCUGGGUGGAACAUUCAUGGAGAAGAGGGCAAAAUUUUGGUUUGAUAUCUACGAAAGAUAUUAUCUGCAACCGGUGCCGUCAGCUCAGCAUUAGUUAGACCACUUAGAGCUGUGAUCAUAAGAUUAGGACGUAGUUUUUAAGAAUGUGGUUAAAUAAAAUGUGUCAUAACUUCUGCGUGUGUC